AUGAAAACCGCGAGACUUGGCGAUACCCACGAGCGACCUUCAUCUCUGUUCCCUUUCCCUCUCAUCCAUCAACCAGAUCCUCUCCUUCUCAUUCAACCCCAACCCACCAAACCCACAAUGCACCACCACCACCACCUCCUCCUCGCCCUCCUCCUCCCACCCCUAACCCUCUCCUCCCCCACCCUCCCCUCGCGAUCCACCCCCCUAACCCUCCUCCUCACAACCCUCUCCGGCGGCCCAGUCAACCACACCCUAUCCCUAACCCCCAACACCUGGACACCCACUCUAACCUCCCUCUCCAUCUCCAAAAUCUCCUCCCCAACCCGCUCCCAAAACCUCCUUUCCGACUGCGAAUUCCACUUCCAAGCAACCCCGAAAUUCGUGAAAGAGGUGGAUGGCAGUAGCGUCUUAAGUAUUGAUAUAUGUGAUUUUAGUUGGGUCCACCACAACCCAUCACCGCGAUAA